AUGCAUAAAGAAAUAGCUGUUGGAAUCGAUUUGGGAACGUCAUAUUCUUGUGUCGGAGUUUGGCAGAAUGAAAGAGUUGAAAUUAUUCCCAAUGACCAGGGUAAUCAUACGACGCCAUCAUAUGUCGCAUUCACCGAAACGGAACGUCUAAUCGGUGAUGCUGCCAAAAAUCAGGUUAACAUGAACCCUUAUAAUACUGUAUUUAGCGCUAAACGUCUCAUUGGCCGUAAGUUUAAUGACCAGGAAAUUCAAUCUGAUAUGAAGCACUGGCCAUUUAAAGUUAUUGAUAAGAAUGGAAGGCCAUAUAUUCAAGUAGAAUACAAAUACGAAAAGAAGGAUUUCACACCCGAAGAAAUUUCUUCCAUGAUCUUGGUAAAAAUGAGGGAAACCGCAGAAGCUUAUCUUGGUACGCAAGUUAGAAAUGCCGUAAUUACAACAUCAGCUUGCUUUAAUGAAUCUCAACGCCAAGCUAUAAUAGAUGCCGGUAUGAUCGCCGGUUUAAAUGUACUUCGUAUAAUUAAUGAAACGACUGCGGCAGCUAUUGCUUAUGGCUUGGAUAAGAAAGCUGCUGGAGAACGAAACGUUCUUAUCUAUGAUUUAGGUGGUGGCUCUUUUGAUGUAUCUCUCCUAACUAUUGAGGAAGGAAUUUUUGAAGUAAAAGCCGUUGCAGGUGACACACAUCUUGGUGGUGAAGAUUUCGAUAAUCGCCUUGUAAAUCAUUUUUUACAAGAAUUCAAACGAAAAUUUAAGAAAGAUCUUACAACGAAUGCACGUGCUUUCCGUCGAUUAAGGACAGCUUGUGAACGUGCAAAGCGUGAACUUUCAUCAUCAUUAAAAGCUUCCUUAGAGAUAGAUUCCCUUUUCGAUGGUAUCGAUUUCUAUACCUCCUUAACACGUACCAGAUUUGAAGAAUUGAAUCAAGACUUAUUUCGAUCUACAAUGGAACCUAUUGAAAAAGUACUUCGAGAUUCUAAAAUCGACAAAAGUCAAAUUCAUGAAAUUGUCCUGGUCGGUGGUUCAACACGUAUUCCCAUGAUUCAAAAGAUGGUAUCCGAGUUCUUCGAUGGUAAAGUACCAAACAAAUCCGUUAAUCCUGAUGAAGCCGCGGUCUAUGGUGCCGCCAUUCAUGCUGCUAUUUUAUCUGGUGAUACUACUGAAAUAACUCAAGAUUUACUUUAUCUCGAUGUCACUCCUUUAUCUCUUGGUAUUGAAACUGCCGGCGGAGUCAUGACACCGCUUAUAAAGCGUAAUACAACUAUACCUACAAAGAAAUCAGAAAUUUUCUCAACAUAUUUCGAUAAUCAACCAGAUUUUAUGAUUCAUGUUUAUGAAGGUGAACGUGCCCGUACUAAAGAUAACAACUUUCUUGGAAAAUUCGUAUUAACUGGAAUUCUGCCAGCACCAAGGGGUGUUCCACAAAUCGAAGUCACAUUUGUUAUUGAUGCAAACAGUAUCUUAAAUGUAUUUGCUAUUGAUAAAUCAACUGGAAGUUCGAAUAAAUUAAUCACAAACGGUAAAGGUGGAUUGUCAAAGGAAGAAAUCGAGCUUAUGGGCAU